AUGAAUGUCUUGUCUUGCUCCGUGAACAUCGUGCAUCAUGGACACAUGUCCGAUCAGCUCUCACCACGACUGCUCAGCAACGACCAGGGCGGUAUUAUUAUUCUAGAAAGAGAUUCACUUCUGCCAUGGGAGUGGCAUGGAUUCAAUGUUGCUCUUGGUAAAUUCCCCAAGAGCAAGGGCAAGGGCAAGGACAAGAGCAGCGGCGGCGGCGGCGGAAGUCUGAUCGAAACCCCACUUCACCCCUCGCCCUAG